UUGUAGGAAUAUGAUGGGGUUUUAAGUCAUUGACGUAUUUGUCAAAAUACUAAUUCCUACUAUCCUCCCAUUGCUGAAAAAUUCAGAAACGCGUUUCCUUUUUCUCGCAGAGAGAGAGAGGGAAACAUGUCGUAAUGUAAUCUUCCUUUGCCUUAAAUUUCUCCAUUUCUUUUGUUUCUCUUUCUCCCACCAAUCCGUUUCCCAGAAAUCCACGAACCCUAGAGUUAUCAUUCCUCUUCGACACAUUGAGAUCAAAUCAAAUUUCAUCUUCUUUUUUGUUUUCUCCCAUCUUUUUCCAUAUGUGUCCGUUGAGGUUCCUAUUGGUGUUCUUCUCGGCUAUCCUCGCCGGAUAUUUCGCGUGGAAGACGGUGAGUUCUUCGCCGGACCUCAACUCAGACGACUCACCGGUCGAAUUGAACGAUAAAGAAGGACUCAAUUUCAGAAAGAAGAUGGAGAAUGGCUUCUGGGUGUUCGUCGAUAUGGCCAGCGGAAGAUACCUUUGGAGGAAUUACAAGGAAAUGAAAGAGAAAAGUCAAUGAGAAGGCUUUCACUCAAGGUUUCGUCUUUUUUUGUUUGGUCUCUUCUUUUGUGCAGAAAGUUAAAGAACAAUGAUAAUUCUUAGACGAGUUUGUAACCAUCUCUCUGCUCUAUCUUCCCCUUGAGUUUUUGUAAUUUGAUUAAUUGAUACUUCUCUGUGUAAACUGUAAUCUGGAAACUAAAAAGGUAAAAAAGAGUUUGUAACUUU